AGUAAUUUAACAAGGCACUGACGAAUAGUACAAGUACGCUGGGCUGCUUCUACACAAAAUUACAGAUAUUUUUUGUACUGAUGGGCUCGUUAGAGUAAUAGUAUUCUGUGGUCCUGCUCCUGGGUACUACAAAUGUCAUUUGGUGCAAAUGGCCGCCGUGUUGUUUGGACACAUCUUUGACUACUUUUGUGAAAUUUGUGUGAAUCGUGAAAUCACUUUACUUUGUGCAUUUUUCGGUUUAUUUUGCGAUAUUUAUCAUGCGUGUAUGCGUUUGUUGUAAAAUACGCUACCAAAAAGGAAACGGAAUAACUUUCCACAAGUUUCCCACUGGUUCAGAUCAGCAGUUAUGGCUACAAAAUAUGAAAAUGGAAAAUUAUUGUCUUAAACCUAAUGAUCUUCUGUGUAGUAAGCAUUUUACAGAAGACUGUUUUGUGAGAUAUGCUAGUCGUACAUCUUUGCAACAAGGAAGCUCACCUACAAUUUUUAUUGAAGCAACUAGGAACACAUCAUCUAUUCGUGAAGAUGUGAUUACUAGAACACCGUGUGUACCUGAGAAGGUAGGACUUAAAAAAAGAAAAUUAAGCAGUAUUGAUGUCCAUCAAGAUAUUGCAGCUAUUGAAGAGGCAACCACAAUCAAACCUGAGACGACGCUUAACAUCAUUCCUCUAGUACGUAUAAAAGUUGAGCAGGAUGACCACCAUGAAAAUAUACAAUGCAGAACUAUCUCCGAAGUUUGUUCAAAUAUAAGACACGAUCACCGAUAUGAAAAUACUUCCGAGUCUACAAAAAAAUCGAUGGAGCGAGUUAAAAGAUCUCUCAGUGUAUCACGUGCUCGUGAGAAAAUUUUAUCACGACGCGUUAAAAUGUUGAAGAGCCGUGUGUCUUCUUUAAAAACUAUAAUAUCGAAUCUAAAAAAAAACAAAAUGGUUGAUGAUGCCUAUGUGAACAUGUUAGAUCAAUAUCACGAUUUUAGAUUACAAUUAAGUCAGAAGAUAUUAAACUAUUAGUAGAUUCAAGGCGUAAAACAGGAUUUUUGGGGUUUUUCAACGGUGUUAUUUCAGUGCUUUACAUUUGUGAUACAAAUGUUAAUUCUGAUAAACCGGUGCUCAAAUAUUAAACUAACUUACAAGCUUAGCCAGGAUCAUCUUGUAUUGUUUUUCUGUGCUAUUCGAAGCCGCGAUGGUUGGUGCCCGAAUCCAACGGUAAGUACAUAGUAGAAAUUAGUACAUCCACGGGUAAAGUCAGGGUUUAGUCAACGACGUAGCUAUUAAAAGGCAUAAAAGGCCUUUAUUUUCUUAAAAUUGAUUCCUUUAGAAUUCUUUUUGAUGUCAUUUCUUAUGCUACUAGAUACUACUACCGCUUCGGAAACAAAUGGCGGUCUGAGAGAGAAGAAGCGGCGCAAGGAACUCUCCCAGCAUUCUUUUUUUUUGCGCUCUUUUCAAUAAAAAUAUACAAUAUUGUACAGUCAUUUCUAUCGCUAUAAAAUAAUCACAAUCUAGUCCCAGGCUAUCCGAUCAUUUAGAUAUUCAAUUGAUUGACCACAUCUGGUUCAAAAGUGGCCAAACUUAAUAAGUUCGACAUAGAUGUUUACAGUGAAGCAGAAAACGUGCGUACUUUAAAAAUAUAUUGCUUGGAAGACAUUGAAUUUCCUUCUCUACAAGAUGAACUAGUGUAUUUUUACACCAAUUUUGGUAUAUUCUGAACUCUAACGUAAAAGAGACUUCAAACCAGUGUGUCGUAUACAUAGCUGGUAUUCUUAUUAGUCAUUCGUAAAAAUAUUAAGUGUGAUGACUGCUUUGUGGCUUGUGAAUCUGUACCACAAGAUGCUGUUUUAAAAGUGGUAUAGCCCUCAUUAUUCAGAAAUCGACAGGAGGUUGGACUGUGCCUUACCUGUGUACCACAAGUGUGGUAAAUAUUUGUUUAUUGAUAUUUCGCCAAGCUUGCAAAAAUAAUAAUGGUAAACCUCUAAUCGAGCAAAAUUUUCCACCUGUAUUACCAGCAAAAGUAUUAAGAUAUAUUAUGAAUAAGACAAAAAUAUUAUUUCCAGAUUUAAAGUAUCAUUUUACGGAAAACUUACAUGCUGAUAAUUUUACGAGCCAUUUUCAUAUUGUAAAAAAAAUAUUUAAAAAUACAUAGAUAUUAGACUAUAUACUGCUACAAAAAAUUACUCAUUUUAUAUAACAAAGUCCGCAUUUUUUUAACACGUCAAAUUAUUUGGGCUCGCAAUAAUAAAAUAAGUAAGAUAUUUGAA